AGAUAUCAAGUUUUUUCCUCUGCCAACACAACUAAAUAAUUACCUUUGACAAACGGCGAGGAAAAAACCUUUCAAUUAAGUAGAAUUUAUUAGUUAUCGAUCCUACUCCAUGUACCAGUGAAACAUGUAAAGUAAAAAGAAUUCCUCAGUGUUUUGAGUCGACUGUAUGUGAAAAGAAUAAUUAAUAAACACAAAAUAUGAAACUGUUUUUGCGUGAACGAUAAAAAUAAAACGGCGCGGCUUUGACACGCGAUGUAGUGGGAUUUGGCACCACAGAGUUCAUCGCUAAAGUUCGAAAUUCAAAAAAAUAUACUAUAAAUAUAUAGGUACUUAGUUUUACGUGGAAAAAACGUUGAGGUUAUAUUUUAAACGAAGGUCGCUUAAAUGAAUUAAUAAACAAUUCAACGUAAAUCAUUGUUUAAUAUCGUGUCUGUAUCAACAGUGCUUUCGUAAACUCCGAGUAUUGUCUACCAUUUAUUCAUUGAAGUGUUUCUUGAAAUGGAAAUUGUGAUUUCACUUGUUAUUAUAUACUACCAAGUAUUGACUUAUAUCUCGAUGAGAUUAUAAAAAUUGUUUAAUGUAUAACAUAAAUAUAAUAUUUCAACGGUAUUGUUGAUUUUGUCGAAGCAAAAUAUCUAAUAUAGAAGAUAUAUUGCAUUUUCUAAUAUAAUGGAAUCCAAUGGUGUAGUCCAAGUAUUGUUUGAAGAGGAGAAAACUCUAGUUCGUUUAAAAAUCAAAGAACCGGAUACAGAAAAGGAGAAGUAUUGGCCUCAAAUAACCACAAUUUUAAUAGCCAACUUAGCCGGUCUGACGGAAGGUCUACAUUUCUCAUGGCCUUCUCCAUUUAUAGUGAAAAUUACUCAAGAUAAAGAAAAUUACGACAUAUCUGAAGAACAAGCUUCUUAUUUCAAUACCAUCACCCCGUUGGCAAUGGCGUUGUGCUGUCCGAUUUUUUCCAAACUCGCCGAUAGAAUCGGAAGAAAGAAAACCCUCUUACUGAUUUCGGUUCCACAUAUCUUGGCGUGGAUCAUAAAAGCAUUCGCAACUAGCGUGUAUGCGUUUUAUGUAGCAAGAUUUUUAACUGGCGCAGCCAACGCUUGUUCCUUUUCAGUUUUGCCAAUAUAUAUGGGUGAAAUUUCCCAUCCUAGUAUAAGAGGUACAUGGGGAAACGCUCUUCCUAUAUCAAUGUGUCUAGGGGAAUUAUUGAUAAAUAUAAUAGGUAGCUAUUUCGGAGUACAAGUUACUUCUUUUAUAUGUUUACCAGUAUGUGUAUUGUUUAUAAUUUUAUUCUGUUACUGUCCAGAAUCUCCGUAUUUUUACGUUAUGAAAGGUAGAUACGAAGACGCCAAGAAAUCUUUGUAUUAUUUGAAACGGAAGAGAAAUUUGGAUAACGAAUUUGCGCAAUUGAAAUUCGACGUGGAAAGACAACUUUCCGAAUCUAGUAAUUGGUCUGACGUUUUUAAAAUUAAUAGUAACCGACGAGCUUUAGCCGCUGGUUUGUUUUUACGAUUCACCCAACAAACUUCUGGUAUGGGUGUGUUUUUAGUAUAUACUCAGUACAUUUUCCAAAAAUCCGGCGGAAAUAUAAGUCACGAAACUUCCUCUAUUGUCUAUUUCGCCAUUAGUUUAGUUUGUUAUUUAAUUGCUUUAUUCAGUAUUGUGAAAAGAUUCGGCAGAAAAUCUUGUUACGUCGUAUCACUUACUUUGACUACUUUAGUGCUUUAUCUUAUGGGUACUUAUUUUUAUUUAGAUUCUCAUAAUAUAGUAGAUUUGAGUUCGUGGAAAUGGAUACCUAUUGUUAGUAUGAUAUCUCAUCAAGUAUUUUUAUCGUUUGGCAUCGCUGUUAUACCGACUUUGAUGUUGAGCGAAUUGUUUUCGGCUAGUAUUAAAGCGAAAGCUAUGCCGAUAUUGAUGGCCGAAUUUGGCAUCGGCAAUAUUAUCAUGAACACCAUAUUUUAUUAUUUGAACGCCAAGGUGGGUUUUUACGCUCCUUUCUAUUUCUUUGCGAUAUGUUGUACAAUUGCUAUGUUCAUUGCAAUAUAUGUUAUACCAGAAACUAAAGGAAAGACUUUAGAAGAAAUUCAGCAGCUAUUGAAGAGAAAAUAAUUCAGAGAUUAUCGGAUUCAAUAACAAAAAUUUCCAAUAACAACAAUUUUGGUGGGUUUAUCAUAAAAAAUAAGUUUGUAGAAAUCCUUACCUAUUCCGUGUGUGCUAAAAAAGGUCGUAGGUCAAAAUUUUGGGUUGUAAUACAUGGUAAAAUGUUGUCAGAGUUAGAUGUUUUUCAGGUAGGUAAGAAGUCCAUCACAUCUGUUAUUAAAUAAGACAUUGCGUCUUCAGAUGAAUAGAAUGCAAUGCCGUUCUUCAAAAAACAACUAAGAAUACGUUCAGUUAACACAUUGUUCUUAAGUUCGAUAUCGUUUUAUAAAAAGAAUCGUCAAGCUCUUCAAAAUAACAAUUUACUGCAGGCUUUACCUCUUCAUUAUUCAAAAAUCUUUGAGCACCGACCCAUUUUUUUAAGUCUGGGAACAGAAAAUAAACUUUAAUUCAUUCAAAUUCAAAAAAACCGACGCCAUGACUUUUCCUGCAGAUAGGACGAUCAUCGCGUUCUUUGGAGCCGGUUCUCCCUAUUCCGUCCUUUUUUUUUAUUGUUCCUUUGUUUCGGGUGUGCAAUGAUGGACAAACAUUUCAUCCAUGGUUAUGAAACGGCUUUAUUUCUGUGAAACAUUGUCAAACCCUCGAUGGAAAUAUCAUCACGAAGCUGUUUUUGUUCCAUUGUGAGCAAACGCGAAACCCAUCUUGCGCAUAGUUUUCUCAUGUCCAAAUUUUCAGUUAAUAUGCGAUGGAACGUAUUUUUUGAAGUGCCCAUCAUAUCUACUAGCUCGUGCACUUUCAGUAGACGAUCAUCUAGUAACAUUUUUGGAUUUUAUUCGAACAUUUCUGGAGUCGUCACCUCAUUUGAUCGUACGGCCUCUAUUAAACUCUGCUACACAAAAUUUUACUGUUGGUAACGAAGGAGCAGUCUCAUCCAGAGUAGAAUCUAGUUCAGCAUUUAUUUUGGUUGGGCUACGACCUUGCAAAUAAAAGUAUUGUAUCACAUAAGGAUGAUCAAUUGUUUCCAUUCCACCAAUUCACUAUCGAUAGCUGCCAAACAAAUACCAAACAACGUGGCGUCUUCAAACUUGAAAAAUAUGCUGUAUAAAUUGUGUACUGUCUACUACAGUGGUAUUUUUCAAGCAACUACCGCCAUCUCUAGAUCAUGGCAAGUUCUUCCGGAACCAUCCUCGUAAAAUUAUAUAAGGAUGCAUUUUCUAUUUUUUUUCAAGGAUUCUUUGAAUAGCGCCAUCUCUAAUGACUGUUGUGAAAUAAUUCAGACACUGAAGUUUCCUUAGUUAACGCUGUUUUUUGUCUUUUGUUUUCGUAUUUCACUUCACCAGUGCGAUUGAAAUGAUUCAUUAGUUUCUCAAAUGUUCCUUUGUUAGGAUUCCUCCGAUUUGAAAUAUUUGACGACAAAUUUUGGAUGCAAGGAAACAAUUUUUAUUACAUUCACAAGUAUACAAAUUAUGUCCAUCAAUUCUUGAGUAGAAAAAAUUUCACUUCAUUGCGGAAAAAGAUUGCAAGAUACGAUGCCAAAUAAUGAAAUUUACAAAGAAAAUGUUUUUGGUUUACAAUAAAUAUUGAGUUUCAAUAAAUUUGGGUAUAGGUAUGGAAAUAUUGAUGUUCAUAAUUGUGUAUUCGUAAAUAACUUUAUAAUUUACAAUUUGUUUGAAUUAUUUGUUUGAUACAACUCGACUUUUUACCAUGGAAAUCCAAAAAAAAACGUAUUUUCACCUUUGAUCUUAAAUCGCUUUGUUAUAGCACACAUGAAAUCGAUGGGGACUUUAGGGUACUUAUUUCUUAUCCACUCUUCUCUAAAAUUCAGCUCUAGAAAUUUUUAUUAUUUGACCACUAUAUUUUAAUAUAAAAAAGUAUAUUCAAUUCUUAAAGUAGUUCAAAAUCUUGAACCCCAACUUAAUUUCAAAUAAUGAUAAAAUAUUUUGAGAACACUACACCUCUAAAUAUGUAUCAUGAUCCCUGAUGGCACAUCAAUUUAUAAUCCGAGAACUACUUACAAAAUGAGGAUUUUUAUAAAAAAAACUUCAUUUUGAUAAUCUCUUUCUAUGAAUGAAUGUAUGAUCAAUUUAGUCGGGUAUUCAACUAUGUUUGGAAAACGAAUUUGAUUUUUCUAUAUAAAUAAACCCGAAACGACGAUGUAGAUAACUUUCGAAAAAGAACGAUACAUCUAAUAUUAGAGAAAAGUAACCUGUGAUGACCUCCCUUAUUAUUUCUUUAUAUGACUUUAGAACUAAUUGAAAUAUAAUUACAACAUUUUAUCAGGAAUUUUGUUAUCAUAUCAUGUUAACUCAUAGGCAUAAUGAAUUCCUUCAUAACAAUUAUAGAAAGUCGAUUUUCAUAGAAAAAAUUCUUAGUAUUUUUCAACUAAAAGACAAUUAAAACUAAAAAAGUUGCAUUAAAAUGAUUUAUGUAUUUCUAACAUACUUAAAAUGAAGAACUAGAUUUUUUUACAGCAAUAAAAAUAUAUUACACCUAAAACAUUGUACCCAAACUUAUUAAGAGAGAAAGGGAAAUGAAUUUUUUCUUGAAACCGUUGCAACUCUGGUAUUUGAACCAGAAUUCUUUAGAACGAUAGGGAGAUCUCGGUGCAAUACGAACACGCUGCAUCAGAUUGAUCACUAUCGCUCUGUUCAUGCAGAACUUCCUCAUCACUAUCUUCUUUUAUUUGUUUUACAACUUUUCUUCUGUCAACUUUAGAUGUUUUCCUUCUCUUAUUUUUCUAAUGCUUCCUUGAUGGACUUGAUUUAAUCGAUAUCUGAGGUGCUGCUAAUGAUAACAGUCUUUCCAUUUUUCCUUUCAAUAAUAUCGUUGUCGCCUUUGAAAGAGGGAAUAUUUCUUUAAUUUGUUCUCGUCUUAUACAAUAUUUCGACGUGCUUGCCACUUGGUUACUCGCGUGAGUUUCGUUUAAGAUUCAAUUUCACUCUGCGAUUCUUCUUCGCUAUUUAAAUUUGUAGUCUGUAAAUUUUUUCUUGUUCAUUUCUGGUAUGAAACUUGGAACAUCCAAUUUGAAAAUAUUGAUUACAACUGUCGUCUACAAUGAGAUAAUAACAUUUUUAUCAGAGAUUAUGUUAUUUUGAAAUUGAUGCGCCUCGGGAUUAAAAAAAAUAA